UUAUAAUUAAUUUAAAUGGAUUCUAUGCAAGUUGAACUAAUUACAAGCAAAUUAGAAGACAAAAAGGCAACUGAUAACCCUCCUGCAGCUGUCUUACAAACCACGGAGAGCGUGAUUCAGAGCCAAGGAAGUUAUUUAUACCACACUUCAGUAAUGAAGCCUACAGUAUUCAGGCCAAUCCCUUUGAAUGUAAUGAGUCAAACUCUAUCUUUGUUCGGAAAUCACAGGACUGCCUUCACCAAAGUUGAAUCAAAACCUGAGAUCUUAGCUCCUCAGCCAAUCAUCCAGAAUCCUUCCCAAGUGGAAAUAGAUGCUCUGAAGUCUUUAUCUCCAGAGAUACUAUUUGACAUGGUUCCAAAGCUAUUAGAGCUAAAGAAGAAGGAAGAAGAAAGACAAGAAGAGGCUCUGGCAUCUGACUUAGCGUCUAAAGCCCAAGUCUAUGAAAACUUCCUCCUGCUAACUAAGAAUGACAUCAACCUUGAACUUUUGAAGGAUUUUGAAUAUAAAACAAAAACAAGGAGAACUAAGUCAGGAAAGGAACAAACUGUGUAUAUCUGUGCAAAGAAUGGAUGAAAUAAGGAGUUCCUCAGGACUUGAAACUUACUCGACCACUGCAGGAUGCAUAAUGGGAUCAAGCCCAACGAGUGUAGCUACUGUAAGAAGACCUUCACCCAAAAGAGCAAUCUUACGAAGCAUCUAAAAGUACAUCAGAAACCAGAUCUUAAUGAUAGGAAGAGGUAUCCUUGUCCUAGAUGCUCUGCUGCCUACACAGAGAGAUACAAUCUCAAGAAACAUUUUGAGAAGUGUCAUAAAGGAGAGUCCUUCGAACAGUGCAUGGCAAACAAUAACUAAUUAUAUUAAAGAGCUUAUUUAUAACCAAGA